UAUUUUCCAGAAACAACCAUCCUUCCUUACAUUCUAUACCUUGUUAAUUUAUUUGUUGCACAACAUAUUGCCCAUUAUCAAUAGCAUUCUCGAACUGAAACUGUGAACACUACUGAAAUCACUGCCAUAUUCUAUAUAUCAGAAUCAGAUGUUGCAUUCCCAGUGUCACCACUUUCUCUUCCCACUCUCACUCUCAUCCACACUCACACACCAUAAACCCCCUCACUCCCUUCUUCCACCCAUUCAUCACAAACGCACCAUUCUCCACUCCGUUUCAGUUUCAGCCCUUCCUCCUUGGCUAGCUCAACUCGCUGAUGCCGCAGAUGUUAACACAGAGGGACCAAUUGAGCUACCCCUGUCUUCCACCCCUUCCAUCUUCGCCACCGACGACGAGCCUUCUCCCAUUCAAGUCGCUUCCAGUAUUCUCCUUACUGGUGCCAUCUCCGUCUUCCUAUUUCGCGCCCUCCGCCGCAGAGCUCAACGUGUCAAACAAGCCCAAUUCAGGUCUUCAGGAGUGAAGUCACUCAAGGAAGAAGCAUUGGAUAGCUUGAAGGCCUUGGGGUCAGCUUCUGUAGAUGCUAAGGGUCCACCUUCACCUGUUCAGACAUUGCUUGGGGGAGUAUCUGCUGGAGUUAUUGCUCUUAUUCUCUAUAAGUUUGCCAGUACCAUAGAGGGAACUCUAAACCGACAAACAAUUUCAGAUAACUACUCUGUCCGCCAGAUAACUAUCACUGUAAGGACAAUAGUGAAUGGUUUGACAUAUCUUGCAACAUUUGUUUUUGGCCUAAAUUCCCUUGGUUUAUUCCUAUAUUCUGGCCAGCUUGCCAUCAAAUCCAUUAUGGGAGGAGAUUCAACUGAAAAGGAAACUGAAAGUAAAAGUACUGAACAGUCAAAUUCAUCAAAGUUGUCCGUUGAGAAUCCCACAGAUAACACUGAAUUGAGUGGCAGGAAGGAAGAACAAAGUUCAAAUGAUGCACAGUAGUUAUUAGGUGUAAAUAUAGUGAAUAUAUAAUGGAGAUCAACAAAUUUUAUCCACUUGUAAAAGUAUAUAUCCUUUUACUUUUGAGAGUAAUUGAGUUGGCAAGUGAUCUUCAAUGCAAUUGCUAGUCUUAAAUGUUGAAUUUUUUGAUAGAUUUAUGGAAGCUACAUACUCCUGUUCUCUCCUUUA